ACUCUUUUUCAUGAGUGAUUUUAUUAGAAGGGAAAACUAUUGUGUAUAUUUAUUAAAUAAUAUUUUCUUUUCCUUAAAAGCCAACUAAAAUGGAUGGUUAUGAAGAUGCACCACUUUGUCGAUUUGGAACUCCUUUGGAACCGCUAGAAGAAGAUGAGGUACCUUCUAAGAAACCAGUGGCAAUUGAAGAUCAAAUUGUUACCGAUGAGAAUGGAAGACGUAGAUUCCAUGGAGCGUUCACUGGUGGAUUCAGUGCAGGGUUUUGGAACACUGUCGGAUCUCUUGAAGGUUGGAAACCGCAGAGUUUUAAGAGUUCUCGCAGCGAAAAGGCAGAAAAACGACAACAACAACUACCGACUGAUUUUAUGGACGACGAGGAUUUGGGAGAGUUCGGAAUAGCACCUCAACGGAUACAAGCAAGAGAUGAUUUCUCAAAAACCGAUGAGUCGCAAAGUCGAAAACGGAAAUUUGCUACAAGAGAUAGCGGUGCAAUACCUGGUGUCCCCAUAUUGCAUCAACUUCUUGAACCGGCUAGAGAAAAAGUAGCCGUCCGACUCUUAAGACGAAUGGGCUGGAAGCCGAACCAAGGUAUUGGAGCUCGGCAGACUAAACGCGAAAAGAAACGCUCAAAACAGCGAAAUGACAGAGAGGCCUAUGUUAUGAAGAUGUAUGGUUGCACAUCCAAGUCGAAUGAUGACCAAGCAGAAAGCUCGUAUCAACUUCGAUCGGACGGAUCUGAUGAUGAUGAUGACGAAGAUGAAGAAGAAGGAGCAUUAACUUUUGCUCCCGAUGACUAUGAGCCUUUUGUAUGCGUCAUCAAAGACAAUGUAUUUGGUUUGGGUUAUAGUGGACUGAGUCGUCAAGUGGCGGGCGAAACAAAAUCUCACAUAAACUUGUUCGGACCCUUAGAAGUCUUGGGCAAGAGUAACAAAAAACUAUCAAUACAAGGACAAGCGUUCGGUGUUGGUGCGCUCGAAGAAGAAGACGAAGACAUUUACGCCAAAGACGAUAUGACCCAGUAUGACUUUAGUUUGGAAAGUAAAAAGAAGCGGGGUAGAUCAAAACUACCUCCAACGCAAGAUGUGUUGGUAUUGGAGGGUUUUGCAGAACCAUCUAUAAAUUCCGAUAUCCAGAAACCAUCAUAUGUAGUUGAGCUAAAAUCUAAUUUUCAACCAAGAAACUGGUUGCAAAGAAAAUCACGCUUUGAUCCUCUUCCAGAGGAAAAGCUUGCACUUUUAAAACAAAAUGAAGAUUCGAAGCGAAAGGGAUUAGGUCGUCAUGACUUGAAUCCAGAUGACCGGAGAAGUAUCCUUGAGGGAGAAAAUAAAGUAACAGGAGAAGAUAAAAAGCGCGAAACGGAGGAUUCUAGUUCUGGAAAGUCUUAUCUACAGCAAAUCAAUGAAAAAUAUAAGGAACGGGAAAGCAAAACUAAACGACUUUUAGAUCUCCUAUCGUCGAAACAGGAUAAUUUUGUGAAAGGAGGACUGGUAACGAGUGCCGGUGUUGAAAUUAUGCAGUCCACCGAGCUAGACAAAUCCGUUAAAAGCGAAAACCAAGAAGUUUUAUCGGAAGCCAAGAAAAUUACCAAAUGCUUACCAAACACAUCUGGAAUUUUCAAACCAUUUGCUGGGAACGAAGCUAAACAAGAUCGCUAUGAAAAGUUUCUGGAGAAGAAUUUACAAAACACUGAAGAUAUCAGGACAUUUUUAAGGACAAUCCAACCAGUUCACCUGUCGGAAUGGGACAGAGAAAUGGAGCAAAAAGAGUUUGUUCAAGCACGCAGCAUUUACAAACCUCUCAAUGGAAUGAUGUCGGAAAGAUUUGUUUCAAAAUCAACAGAUGAAAUUGUACCCCAAAUAAAAACGAAGAUAUCAGAUAAAAAGGUUGAGGUGUUAGUUAAAAGAACUAAAGUACUUUGGAAACCAUGUUCCUUAAUAUGCAAGCGAUUCAACAUUCCGGAACCUUUCGGAGGGACCUUGGUUGAACCUAAAGUCCCGAAAAAGAGCAAAUUUUCUGUUUUCGAUUACAUAGAAAAUUCUAUCAAUUCCAAAAAAGAUUUCGUAACACCUGUUAUCAUACCGAAGCACAUUGAAAAAGUCAAACAAGUGCAAACCCAAAGCAGUCAUGAGUCAAUGAAAAUUAUUCCUCCAAACGAAGAUGAAGUUGCCUCAACAUCCCAAGAACCUGUAGAAGAACAUAUCCCAGAAGUUCUUUCUGUGAAAAAACUUAAUGUGGAUAGCAAAAAGACGAAAACUGAGUUAGAAUUAAGAAUUGAGGAGAGCAAACACAAACAUCCUUCUGAGAAGAAAGAUCUUUUCAAGUCCAUAUUUGACUCAUCCAGUGAAGAUGAAACUAGCCAGGACGGUGAAAAAGAAGUUGACACUGAAGUAGUGAUUCCUACCGAGAUAGCUGAUAGCCUUGUUAAACCAUCUGUCCCUAUGAAUAUAUUAAGAAACCAUUCACCUCCCAGGGGCAUAUUCGCAGCUCUAUUUGCAAAGCCUGAACCGAAAAAAGAUGAAGAGCCAAAAAAAGAGGAAACCGAAAAUACGAAUAAAAUAACUUUUAAGCCAAGGCAUGAAAGAGUCGUCGUCAAUGACGAAACUACUCCAGAACUUGAAAAUAUCUAUGGUCCUAAAGUCCCAAAUCACCUUUUAAACAAUAAAACAGAAAGUAAGAAUGAAAGUGAUAUUGAUAAAAGGUUGGCUGAGCUACUGUCGUCGAAACCCUUGAAAGCAACCCGAAUUGUAGAGGAAUGGGUUGAAAAGAAAAGUUCAUCCAAGAAAAGCAAAAAAGAAAAACGAGAAAAAAAGAAAAAGGACAAGAAGAAAAAAUCAAAAAAACACAAAAAAGAUAAACAUUAAAA